AUGCAAAAGACGUCUUCCCAAGCAGUUGUUGACUUGCUGGAUGUUGGGAAGAAAAUAAAGAAAACACCAUUGAUGGUUGGGAAUUGCACUGGGUUUGCUGUAAACAAUAUGUUCUUCCCUUACUCUCAAGCUGCUAUUUUGCUUGUAGAACACGGUACUAAUACGAUUGACAAGGCAGUUACCAAAUUUGGAAUGCCAAUGGGCUCAUUCAG